AUGGAUAGUCAAGGUAGAAAAGUAAUAGUGUGUGAUAAUGGAACUGGGUUCGUUAAAUGCGGAUAUGCCGGUAGUAAUUUUCCUGCUCAUAUAUUUCCUUCAAUGGUUGGGAGGCCGAUAAUUAGAGCUGUAAAUAAAAUAGGUGAUAUAGAAGUUAAGGAUCUAAUGGUGGGUGAUGAGGCCUCCGCUUUGAGAUCACUAUUAGAAGUAAAUUAUCCUAUGGAGAACGGUGUUGUAAGGAACUGGGAGGACAUGUGCCAUGUUUGGGACUAUACGUUUGGCCCCAAAAAAAUGAAUUUAGAUCCCAGAGAAACCAAAAUCCUUCUGACUGAGCCACCUAUGAACCCUACCAAAAAUAGAGAAAAGAUGAUUGAGGUUAUGUUUGAGAAAUAUGGAUUUGCUGGAGCUUAUGUUGCUAUUCAGGCUGUGUUAACUCUAUAUGCUCAGGGACUAUUGUCGGGUGUUGUUGUCGAUUCUGGAGAUGGCGUAACGCACAUAUGCCCUGUUUAUGAGGAAUACGCACUGCCGCAUCUUACCAGGCGAUUAGAUAUAGCUGGUCGUGAUAUUACACGUUAUCUGAUUAAAUUAUUGUUGCUCAGAGGAUAUGCUUUCAACCACUCUGCUGAUUUUGAAACGGUAAGAAUGAUGAAAGAAAAAUUGUGUUACAUUGGCUACGAUAUUGAAACUGAACAACGUCUAGCUUUAGAAACAACGGUUCUUGUGGAGCCCUAUACCCUACCCGAUGGUCGUGUCAUCAAAGUGGGUGGUGAGAGGUUCGAAGCGCCAGAAGCGUUGUUCCAGCCUCACUUGAUAAACGUUGAGGGGCAGGGUAUCGCCGAAUUGGUCUUCAACACAAUACAGGCUGCCGAUAUCGACAUGAGACCAGAGCUUUACAAACACAUCGUACUGUCAGGAGGGUCUACAAUGUAUCCAGGGCUUCCGUCACGACUGGAGCGUGAAAUCAAACAACUUUACAUAGAACGAGUACUUAAGAACGACAUAGAGAAGCUCAACAAAUUUAAAAUCAGAAUAGAGGACCCACCGAGGCGUAAAGAUAUGGUUUUCAUUGGUGGCGCGGUGUUGGCCGAAGUCAUGAAGGACAGGGACGCCUUCUGGUUAUCGAAGCAGGAGUACGAAGAACAGGGGCUGAAGGUCUUAAAAAAAUUAGGCAUACGAGCUGCGUAAAAAAAUCGCUCUGUUUAUUAUGUUAUUUUUAUUGAAUGAUUUUAUAUAUUUUUAUUGUAACCGUAAACAAGUGCAAAGACUUUAAUGUUAUUACGUAUUUUCCUCUUUCAUUUAUGCAUUUUACUAGUUAUAAAUCUAGUGUAGUGAAAAUAUGACCUUUUUUUAAUAAAUACAGUAUUUUUAAAUUA